GUGUCUAUGGUUACAAAGUAAUCAUCCAGUGGAUCUUAGUAUGCAUCAGUUUAGUUGAAGGUUUUACAAGAAUGCAUACAGCUCUGAGCACCAGACCUCCUCAGUCCAAUGAAAUCACUGGCCACCAACAAGCUGAGCUGCGCCAGUGCAGAGACUUGCCACGGCAGUCAGGAUAUGCGCCUCGAAUUGAUAAUGACCGAUACAAUCCACGACCUGCAUCUUACCCCGAUAGGGUCCUGUUCCACCCAGGAUAUUUACCCCAAACUCCUAGGGACCUGUAUAACCAAGGAUCUGAAUCCCAGUCCGAUACGGGCAGAUACAACCAAGGAUCUGCAUCUCAUCCGGUUACGGGCAAAUACAACCCAGGACCUGCAUCUCACCCCAUUACGGACAGAUACAACCAAGGAUCUGCAUCUCACCCCGAUAGGGACAGAUACAACCAAGGAUCUGCAUCUCACCCCGUUACGGACAGACACAACCAAGGAUCUGCAUCUCACCCCGUUACGCACAGAUACAACCAAGGAUCUGCAUCUGACCCCGUUACAGACAGAUACAACCAAGGAUCUGCAUCUCAACCCGUUACGGGCAGAUACAACCAAGGAUCUGCAGCUCACUCCGAUUUGGGCAGAUACAAGCAAGGGUCUGUAUCCCACUCAGAUAGGGGCAGAUACGACCAAGGAUCUCCAGAUAGUAGAAAACACGCUAUCCAUCAACCAAACUGGUAUCGUGCACAGCAACCCAUGCCUCGACGAUGUCACGGCAAUCAACCUGCCAAGUUUCCCCUAAGAGAAGCAACAUUUGGGUGUGGACCUGUCGCAGAUCCGCGACACCCAGUGCCUAGCCCAGGUCAUGCACACAUCAAUCAACUCGGCUGUGGCUCUCAACUGUACACGUCAAGUCAUGUAAAACAAUGCCCAACUGUACCAAAUAACACAGUUGAAUUGUGCCACCAGUCCCCUUUAAUGAGAGGACAACCAGGAGAACCUCAUGUGGCAUACUCUAUGUACGGUUGCAGACCAUCACGACAUAAUGGAAGUUACUCGUUGACCAACUGUUCCAGCAGCCAGUCGCCACUGUCAAAGUCCAGCUACCCCGAAUCAUCACCUCAACCAGCACGUUGUCCAUUUGUAUCCCCUGUUAAGCAUGAUCUGACAGCGAGCUAUCUUUCACCCGCCGCGACUUAUGAAAACUCUGACAUGUCACCUGUUUCAAACAUACGUUUUAACAACCAAGGCCCUCCAUCGCAAUAUGAAAGAACCAACCUUCACUUAAGCUAUGUUAUACCUUAUAGACCCCCACAUCCCCAAUAUUCCCAUAUUCAGUGGAACUCACCAUGGGCACCCCAGUGUCCUUAUACACGGUUCGAGCUCCCUCUUCAACAAAAUAUGUUGCCUCCCGACCAUCGGUUUCCAUCGCACCUGAAAGCGGCAACUUCCCAGUACAGUUUCGAACCAUUCCCGGAUGGUCUAUCGACCCGACCCAACCUCAAACAACACCCUCAUACGCUACCCUCCCGACCCACAAGUCUCCCUACGUACACGGAGGUACCGUCCCUUCAGUCAGGGUUGCCACUGUUCUCAAGGACGUCACCGUCAAGCAAUAGUCUUCCUCCACUAAAUGGACGACCAUUACGUCCCGAGCUCCCCCCGGGCUCCAUUGCUCCCCAGUGUGUGUUGGCUCCAUGCCCCAAGCGCUGCUUCACUAACCACUAUGGCUACCUGGACUAUUGCCCCGUGCCCGACCUGCCGAGCUACACCCCCAACUCGCUGUGGUGGGAGGAGCAAGCUGCCCCGACGUCACGGCAGUCUCCUGCUGACAGAAGACACCGUGGUCACACCAACACAGUUCCAGAUACAGGAACUCGACCUCACCGUGACGGCGGAUGUAGCUCAGACCCAGGCGAUGUCCCCAGCGUGGGUAAGCGUGGCGGUGAGGUGGUGCGGGAGGUCAUUUGCAGUAAGAAGAUGAAAGUCACACAGAAAUCGACUCCACCUUCAUUACUGAACCAACGGCGGAUCAAGGUGUUAAAUAAAGCGUUGGGGUUAGCAAGAAGUUUCAGGUCACCAAAGAAACCAACCAGGCAGUCAUCUGUUCCAAGUAUCGAAACACGUGGCUUAAAAUCACCAGCAAUACAUUGACAUGAAAAGAGUAAAGUAUGCUCCCGGGCUGCGAGAAACCAUGCUGACAUUUACACAGAGUGAAUAACCACUGUUACGUCUGACGGUAACUGCGACCAUAGAAGAGUUUCAUGGCAGUUUGAAUAUUACUGUUGAUGAAAAUAAAUUUGGAAUUCAUAAUUGCCGAGAUUUUUC